AAACCUGUGGGAAGCAGUGCGGGUUUGCUGAGCUGGCCUCAAAAUGAAUGACAGCUGUUCCAGUACUGCAGGUGCUGGUCGACAAUUUCAGAACCGGAAGAUGAAAGCUGAACAAGCUAAGAAAGUUGAAUUCAUAAGAACUGCAGAAAAGCUAAAAACUCAGCUUGCAAAUAUAGAAAAAGACAAAAAUGGACAUCUUUACAAUAAGAAGAGUGAUUUCAGGGUAGAAUACAGCAUACUAGAGGAACUGGAACAUAGCAUGACUGUCAGCAGGAAAACUGAAAAAGCUAAAAUCCUGCAGCAGCUAUCAAAAAUACAAAAUAAUGUGAAGAGACUUCAGCAACAAUUAAAAGAUGUGAAGCCUACACCAGAAUUUGUUGACAAGCUCAAGGAAAUGAUGGAAGAAGUUGAAAAUGCAAUCAAUGCUUUUAAAGAGGAACAGAGGCAAAUAUAUGAACAGCUUUUGAAGGAGGAAAAAACUGUCAUUAAUGAGCUCAGCGUCUUUGAGAGAAAAGUAGAACAGUGGGCGCUAGGCAGCUCAACAACAGAAAAAGUUUUGAAAUUAUCAUCAGCCAGGGUCUCAGUUGAUAAAACACUGGGAAAUCAUCUACCUGCAGAAGUAGUAGAGUUUGAAAGAUUUCUUCAGCGAACAGGAGGGCGGCAAGGAGGCUGGGAUGAUUAUGAUCAUCAAAAUUUUCUGAAAGUACGGACAAAACACAAAGGAAGGCUAUCUUACAUGGAUGAAGCCCUUGAGUAUCUCUGUGGAAGAACAAAAGAAGAUAUUGAACAGCAUGACAAAUGGUAUCAGGAAUUCCUAAUUUUACACGAAAGAAAGAAAGAGUCAAUUUAGAAGUGGAAAGAAAAGCAGCGGCAAGAAAAAGAAGGAAACUUGAAGGAGAAAGCAGAAAAAAUGCUCAAGGAGGCAUGGCUACAGCGUGAAGAAGCUCAGAAGCAAAAAGCAGCAGAAGAAAGAAAAAGACAACAAGCAGCAAUUGAAGCAUGGAAGAAACAGAAAGCAGUAGCAUUUGCAAUGGAACAAGCAUCACAACUAAAACUAGAAGAAGAGAAGGAGAAAAAGCAACAAAAAGAACGCCAGCGACAGUGCCACAUGAAGUUACUGUUGGAAAGGUAUACCUUGCAGAAGAAAGAAAAAGAGGAACUUGAAAAGCUUGAAAAGGAGAAGAGAGAGGAAGCUGAAAAGGAGGAAAGGAAGAGAAUUGCUGCAGAAGAAAUUACUAAGUUUCAAGAGCGUGAUCUACAUAAACUAGAGCUAAGGAUUCUACAAAAACAAGCUAAAGAAGUAGAGAAACGAGAAAAAGAAAAAAGGUUGGCAAAGUUAAGAGAAAAGGUUGAGAUUCAUGUAGCCAGAGACCGGUCCAGGUUGUACAGACCUACCAAGGGCUGGGAGGAACGCACGAAAGAGGUAGCACCAACAGCUUCAGAACUGCUUUUACGUAUUCCUCAUAGAGCUAUCCCAGCCUGGAGACAAGGGUUAUAGAUGAACGCCUGCCUGUCCCUGUCGCAGGAUGAUGACUUCCUUGCCUGUGAAGCAGCCAGCAGUCCUCGGGAGUUGUCACAAAAUUUGCUUGACACAAUGACGUAUAUUACUUUCGUAUUUUUUUGAGUGUCGGAUCUGAAACGUCCUCUGUCAGAUGGGCAGGGUUUGCGUGACAGCAUGUAUUUCCCUUUGCAUUAAAAGCGCCUUCCCCCGCA